GGCCGGGGCCGGGGGCCGAGCCGGGGCCUCCCCGUUCCCCGCCGCCGCCGCCGGGGCCGAGCCGCGCCGUCCCGAGAGCCGAGCCGCGCCUUCCCCGCUCCCCGACGCCCAGGGGGCCGUGCCGCGCCUCCUCCGCUCCCCGUCCCGGGGGCCGCGCCGAGCCUCCCCCCGGCCCGCCCCGCCUCCGCGCUCGCUCCAGCCGGGUCCCCCCGCCGGCUCCCGGGGCCAGGCCCGCGGCCCGACCCGGCCCAGCCAUGUCGCUGCACGGGAAGCGGAAGGAGAUCUACAAAUACGAGGCGCCCUGGACCGUGUACGCCAUGAACUGGAGCGUCCGGCCCGACAAGCGGUUCCGCCUGGCGCUGGGGAGCUUCGUAGAGGAGUACAACAACAAGGUGCAGCUUGUUGGUUUGGAUGAAGAGAGCUCAGAAUUCAUUUGCAGGAACACCUUUGAUCACCCCUACCCCACCACAAAGCUGAUGUGGAUCCCAGACACCAAGGGAGUCUACCCAGACCUGCUGGCCACCAGUGGUGACUACCUGCGAGUGUGGAGAGUGGGUGAAACUGAGACCCGGCUGGAGUGUUUGCUGAACAACAACAAGAACUCGGAUUUCUGCGCUCCCCUGACAUCAUUUGACUGGAAUGAAGUGGAUCCUUACCUGUUAGGUACCUCUAGUAUCGACACAACCUGCACUAUUUGGGGUCUGGAGACAGGACAGGUUCUGGGAAGAGUAAAUUUGGUGUCUGGCCACGUGAAGACCCAGCUCAUUGCACAUGACAAAGAGGUGUACGACAUCGCCUUCAGCCGCGCGGGCGGCGGCAGGGACAUGUUUGCCUCGGUGGGCGCCGACGGCUCGGUGAGGAUGUUCGACCUGCGGCACCUGGAGCACAGCACCAUCAUCUACGAGGACCCCCAGCACCACCCGCUGCUGCGGCUCUGCUGGAACAAGCAGGACCCCAACUAUCUCGCCACAAUGGCCAUGGACGGCAUGGAGGUUGUGAUUCUAGAUGUCAGAGUUCCCUGCACCCCUGUUGCCAGGUUAAACAACCACAGAGCGUGUGUAAAUGGAAUUGCCUGGGCACCUCACUCUUCCUGCCACAUCUGUACAGCAGCGGAUGAUCACCAGGCUCUCAUCUGGGACAUCCAGCAAAUGCCUCGUGCCAUUGAGGACCCCAUCCUGGCCUACACAGCCGAGGGAGAGAUCAACAAUGUACAGUGGGCAUCCACCCAGCCAGACUGGAUAGCCAUCUGCUACAACAACUGCCUGGAGAUCCUCAGAGUCUAACUUUGCAGCUUCAUGCACAGCGAGGCAGGGCUGUGUCCUUCCCCCUCCCCUCCAAAGUAAGAACAUCGCCAGUCAAGUGGCCAGUAUCUGUUGUUGCUUUGCAUCUACUGUUACAAGAAACUGUUACAAGAAUCGAUGGCAGGGGUCUCCUGUCUCUCAAGACUCUAAAAUGCAGAGACGUGCUGAGCCUCUUGGAACUUCUGGGUUCUGGUUUUCUUGUGAAAUUCUUUUUCCCUCAGUAAAAGUUCUGUAUAUUUGUUUGUUGACUGUAUUAAUAAGCUUGCAGGCUUUUAAGUUGCUGCAUAUGUCCAUGUGUUUGUCAGCCAGCUGAGGCAGCACAUCCACCAGUUUAAUAGAUGCAGGUGCAAAACAAGGUGGGGGGAAAAAGACAAUGUUGUUAACGGCCACCUUGGCAGGAAUCUUUAUCAUUCCUGUUGUUGCUGCCUCUAAACUGUUUAAACGUUUGUAUGUUUUUUAUAUAUUGGGCUAACUUUCUAUUGAGUAAGGUUUUUCUCCCUAAUUCUUACUUUUGAUAGGUGAUCCACUUCCAUAUGUCCAAAGCAGGACCUGUUCAUGGAUACAAACCACAGUAGCACUGCAGGCUCCCUGGCAGUAAAGGCCUGCCAGAAUUAACUGUUGCCUUGGCUCCCUGUAUCUGGUGACCUGGGCAGAAUUUUUUGGUGCUGUGAAGUGCAAGUACUUGUUGCACAAUUUCUUUACACUUUUCUGAUGUUCAAGGCAGUUGUUACUAUGGUAGGUCUUAUUUUUAAAUUUGAACUGAGUUAGUGUGUAUCCUGCAGUUGUGUUAGCAAACAGAGCAGUGAUAGGUUGAGAAAGAAGAUCCGUGCAUGACGUGAGCUCCCAGGAGGUAAACAGUUCCUGAAAAAAUGUAUUUGUAAUGGGCUUGGGAUUGACACUUCCAAUCAAAUUAUUUCCCCUUGGAAGACUUACCUUAUCUAAAUCAAAAUAAAAUGGUUUCACACUUUGUAGCUUGCUUGGUUGGCAAAUAAUAUGAGCAAGAUUUUGUGGUUAGGCUGUACUUUGGAGAUAGUGUUUGGCCUGUGUUCCUGGGAGGUCUUGAAGGGAGUGCAAAGCAAUCUUUUUGUGAAGUGUAUUUGCUUUAUACUGCCAGGUCUUGUUGAAUGAACAUGACGAGUCAGAAAAGCUGCUCUGCUAUCCAAAAGAAAGCUGUUUUUUUGAAAGAAAUUACUCCCUAAUGUGAUGCACAGAGGUGGAUCUGGAAGGAAAGAAGCUGUGCCAUUGAGGCCAAGGUUUGGCAUUUGUUAUCCUCCUGACUUUGGGGGAUGUGCCAGAGGGCUUCUCUUUGGAAUAGAAGAUCUCUCUAUAAUAAUACUGUUCAAUGAAAGCUGAGUGGAUUAGGCAAGAUAAAAAUCCUUGUUGGAGUCUUACCCUGACACAGGUCCUGUGUUGAAGGCUCUGCAGUGCUCUCUGAUGAAGACAUGACAGCCAGAGCUCGUCUGGAAGGGUGUGCAGCCCAGUGUCUAUGUAAAUGUCAGAAACCAUCAAAAUUCUUUCCACCUAAUGAUUAUUCACCUGCAACUGGAGGCAGAUUAUAAAUAGUAGGACACUGGCAAACUUGCAUCUUGUCAGUUUAUGCAGGAAAGGCAAGCUGGGAAAGCAAUUGCUGUGGAACACUGAAGCUGACACUGAGAACACUGUCAAAUACAGAACAGAAUCUGCAAAGUUUUGUCAUUGUAGACAGAGUGGAAUACUCUUCUGCAGGCUGCUUCUCACCGUGGAGCUCAGAAAAGCAUUGCCUCAGGAAUUUGAUAGGAAUUCAUUAGGGGCAGCUGUAUUCCAUCACUCCUUUUGAUAGCAGAGAACCAAGAGACUAACACUGUUCAAGCUGAUGUUUUGUCAGUGUGUUCAGUUGUGGGAUUUCUGACAAAGCUUGAUUUGACUUGAAGGUCAAUUUUUCUUAUUAGCAGCAGUACUGAGAGUAGUGUGUUCCACAGACAGGCUUUAACUAGAUGUCAGAGCAGUGUUAGCCAAACAAUCACUUUUUACAAUAGCACUUCAUCUGAAACUGGAAAAAACUUAUGUAGAAUGAAGCAAAAAUUGGGGUUUUCUUAGCAAGAGCAGCUAAUGGCAUUCACAGCUUUAGGAGUCAUUUGAAAUACAUUCACAGGCUUGUCAUGCUCUGUUUAAUUACAAAUGGCAGGCAAAACGUGCUAAGAGGGAACUACCUGCAAUGUUAGUACUUUCCAUGUCCCCUUUUUGCUUCAAAGUUCAUUCCUGUACAGAUGGCAUGAGUCAAAGAUUAAUGCUAAGAUAAUAAGAAGAGAGAGCUUGUAUAAAGGAACUCAUGGUCUGAAUAGCCAGGUAGAUUCUGCAUCUGUUGACAAUGUAAAACUUGUUAGUGAGGUGAAAACCUGCAGCUAACAAGUUGAAUGUUCAAUUAGCGUGUAGUGUGUAAACUGUCUAAAUGAGGAGGGCUAUGGUAGCUUGCAUCUAUGGGAAUUGUACUUGUGUGUGCAGGGAUUUAAAAGGCAAGGAUUUGAGUGCUUUGACAAUCUAUUUAGAAAGAAAACACAGUGGUUUCAAAUAAUAGGAAAGGAGACUGCUAAAACAGGUUGUUUCUUAUGGAACCUUGAAAUGUAUUUAACAGGGGAGGCAUUGCCUCUCAUAAGUCAGAAUUAAUGAUCCUUUCAAAACUUAGCAGUAAUUACUCUGCUGAAUGUUCUGGAUAAUAGUGAAAAGCUCUGGUUUUGCCUCAUGGUGCAAUGAGAAGCUGCCUCAGUCUCAAGUGUGGAUCAUAGCCUGCCAGAGACCAGGUGAGGGGAGGAGUCUGGUGUACGGAAUUCACAGAUGUUCUCGUGCUCGUUGUCGAUGGAAAUAAGGAGCUGAGUGUGUCCAUUUUGUUGUCUUGCAGAUGGCACUUUAACUGGGAUCUUUUUGGUAAGAUUAGGAGGAGAAUCAUCUUUUCCUCAGCCCUUCUAGGCUAGGCAUUUGUCUGUGUUGUGUAGAAAACGUUAAAUAACGACCGUCACCAAAAUCCUAAACUGGGGGCAUAGUGGACCCUCACUUGUUUUUACUGAAAGCCAAAAAUAUGAGCACUUGACAAGGCUGUAAAUGUUAAACUGAAGCUUCAUGUUCUGAAACUGACACUGUCCUGUAAGGCCAACCCAAGGGAUGUACUGCUGCAUGUCCCCCAGAGAGUCCUUUUCCUUUAGGAACUUAGAGGUGUUUGGGAAUCCUCUUUUUGACCAUCAGAGCAUGAUGAUGACAGUGCCCAGCUGGUUGUGUAGGGAUGUGCUUGGAGUCUUUGGAUAACUUGAAUUUUGUGAGAGAGAAACUGCAGCUGCUGCCUGUAAAUUCACACAGCCUGAAACAUUGAACUGACCAGCUGGUUAGUGGUGUUUUAACUCUUUCCAGACACGCUGGAAAGAGUGGACAGCAGCACAGCCACGCUCUGGGCUCAGCAGACUGCACAGUUUCAGUCCCAUCAAAGUACUAAAGGGCUGAGUUUUCCCACUGCUUGUAGCAAAGUGGUUCCACCACCUCCAAUGCGUGCUGUUAUCCUGUCAGGUAACACAAAUUCUCUCUAACACGUGUUUCCUGCUUUCUGCUCUCAGACCAGUAUUUCAGAGCAAGCCUGUACCUACUGUUCUGUGGACAUGGAAAGCAAUGAGCAAGUCACUGUCAACUCUGUCCCAGUUCCUCUUGAUCCUUGCAGAGAAUGCAGAGAAUUAAUUGUAUGUGGCACUUAAAGAGCACUUUCUGAUGCAGUUGUACUUCCCCUGCUUACCCAAGAAGUCAGAAAUGUUUCAUUCUUGAGGGUAUUGAGGAGAGUUUAGCAUGCCCCUGACUUGGUUUAUUUUCUGGAAGAGAUCUCCAGAACUUCCAAUCAGCACCUUUCACCAGCAGUAAAAAGAACAGUAAUAAGAAAUGCAGCUAAAUACCAGUCACUGAAGGCUCAUCUGUUGAUUCAUGACAGACACCAGAUGCAAAGGGACUUGUGAGUGUUGCUGCUGCCUGUUUCACGUGACAAGUGUGUCUGCCAAGGACCUCAGUGGCCUUUUGUGCAGCCUCUGAUACUUAGCUUCAUGUGAGAAUUUCCAUAGUCGUAAAAAUAAUUAUAAUUAUCUUGGUGGCUUCCAUCAAGCUUGUUUCUUUAUAGGAAAUCUAACAAAAUUAAGGAAAAAAAAGCUAUUUCCUUAAAAAAAUAUUGUGGCCAUGUGCAGCCUGUGCUCCAGCACUCCCAUUCCUUGGAGUUUGCUUUCCAUGUGCAACACAUGCAACUCCAGCCCUCUCUUAGUGCUGAGGGUGAGUCUGUGGAAUCUUAGCAAGGCAGAAAGGCAAGAACCAGAGCAGGACAGAGUCCCAGUGCAGCUGGAAAAAGGUAUGUUGCUUUUUUUGACAACUUGGGAAAUAGGAAUGAUGAAAUCUACUAUUUAAAAAGAACCUUUUUUUUAACCCUUGGGUUGCUAGCAGUGUAAAAUGUAAUUUAAAUCCAUUGCGCCGAAGCAUUUUUGUUACCAGUAGCCAGGUAGGAGAUACUACUUUUAGGUGUGUUUUCCCUUCUGCUCUCCCCAUUCACAGUCCCCUUGUGGUAAUUUCCUGAAGGUGUAAUCUUUGUAGCAUGAUUGUACAAACAUCCAUAUGAGAUUCCUGACUUCUUGUUCUCACUAGAGUAUGUUAAAGCAAUAGUAAUUUUACUUCUGUCCUUUUCUCCACCUGCAACUUCGCUACUAUUCUGUCCUAGAGGAGUCCCAGUAUCCUGCUAUUCAACAGACAUAUAUUGUUGACAUGGAUAACUGCCUAUAUUCCUUUAUUUUUAUGCAGAAAAUAUAAAGGGUUUGUUACAAUGGAUUUUAACACCUGAGUCAUGGAACCAUAUUGUUGAAACUGUAAAUUUUAAGGCAAUUUUCUGAACUUGCUUGAAAGUGGAAUGUUGCAUCCUUUUAUGCUAUUUCCUGCUUCCUAUGUAGUUUUAUUCAGAUUUUUUAACCUUCUUUCUAAGUUUCAGCCUCCUGUGUAUUAGGUACAGUAUUUUCUGCCUUUCAUACUUUGUAAUAAAAACGGAACAUUUGUAGAUUGA